UGACGUCCUUCCUCGAUGCUGGUCUGAUGUGUGUAUGUGAGUGUGUGUGAGACACGCUACUUAUUUUGAGGAGGAAGAUCUAAACCUACAUUUUUUGCAGUUGGGAUGUUCAGACGGUUCUCUCUCUCUUUUCUCGCCCCCUUUGUUUGAGAUCUUUACGCUUAUGAUUAGGAAGGGAUUAAGACGGGUGAAAAGGUGCCAGUUUGUGUUCCGUUUGUAGGCUGAUUUCUGGAUUUCUUUUUUUUUUUUUGUAAAAAAAAAAAAUACCGAUUAAUUUAUUUUCCUGGAAAUGUACAGAGAGGAAGUCUCUCUGAAGGUCAGCCCUUCUGCAUCGGAGCGGAAUUCUUCAGCCUUUUACCAUCUGACACAGAAUUAGAGUCUAGAUUCUAAUUCUCGGCUCGAUUUUACAGCUUAAAAGAGGUGUUAAAUGGGAAGCGGUGCGGUUUUAAUGGACGUGGAAACGCAGCUCGGGACAUUCGAUCAUUUCUCUACAAAACCCGAGCCGCUCCAGUCAGACUGAUGCAGACGCCAAGGCCACAAAAGGGCAAAACUUUCGUCUCGGUCACAUUUUCUGUUUGUUUGUUUAUUUCUGUGUGUGGACACAAUCCAGUAAAGCACGUAAAUAUGGGGGUUAUUUGAGCAAACCCGUGUUCUUGUAACAGAACGGAGCCCGGUCCAGUCUGGCUCAUGCACAGGGCUUGUGAUUGAUUUCUCCCCAAGAGAACAGGAGUGAUGGAGAAUACGGACAAAUGACGGCGGAUUCUCUUUACCAGACUCCAUUUCACACACAGGAACAGAUCAAGUGUCGUUGUCGAAGCUGAAGGACCUCAGGGAACCAUGUCUUCUUCUCGGGCAACGCUUCAGACCGACAGGAAUUCAGACCACCAUGCUUCACUCUCUGCCAGCCGAUCGGACAAGGGCUCAACCUGGUCGAAUAGGUCGCUGGGAGCUCGCUGCCGUAACUCCAUCGCCUCCCUCUCAGACGAGCAUCCACACAUCGGCAACUACCGACUGCUCAAAACCAUUGGCAAGGGCAACUUUGCGAAAGUGAAGCUGGCACGCCACAUCCUCACUGGCAGAGAGGUUGCAAUAAAGAUAAUUGACAAAACCCAGCUCAACCCAACCAGCCUGCAAAAACUUUUUCGAGAGGUCCGCAUUAUGAAGAGUCUCAACCACCCAAACAUAGUUCAGCUCUUUGAAGUGAUUGAAACGGAGAAGACACUGUACCUUAUAAUGGAGUAUGCCAGCGGUGGUGAAGUGUUUGACUACCUCGUGGCCCAUGGGAGGAUGAAGGAAAAGGAGGCACGGGGUAAAUUUCGACAGAUUGUAUCUGCAGUUCACUAUUGUCAUAAGAAGAAGAUUGUUCAUAGAGAUCUAAAGGCAGAAAACCUCCUGCUCGAUGCAGAUUCGAACAUUAAAAUCGCAGACUUCGGCUUCAGUAACGAGUUCAUGCUGGGCAGUAAGCUGGACACGUUCUGCGGAAGCCCACCUUAUGCCGCUCCUGAGCUUUUUCAGGGCAAGAAAUAUGACGGGCCUGAGGUGGAUAUCUGGAGCUUGGGGGUCAUUCUCUACACACUGGUCAGCGGAUCACUGCCCUUUGAUGGCCAGAACCUCAAGGAGCUGCGUGAGAGGGUGCUGAGUGGGAAGUAUCGAGUGCCGUUCUACAUGUCCACUGAUUGUGAAAGUAUCCUACGCAAGUUCUUGGUGCUCAACCCUGCCAAGCGCUGUACCCUUGAGCAAAUCAUGAAAGAUAAGUGGAUGAAUGUUGGCUAUGAGGCAGAUGAGCUGAAGCCACACAUAGAGCCUGUUGAGGACUACAAUGACCCGGGGAGGAUAGAUGUAAUGAUAGGAAUGGGCUUUUCUCGUGAGGAGAUCAAGGAAGCUCUGACCACUCAGAAGUACAAUGAGAUUACCGCUACUUACCUGCUGCUGAGCCGCAGGAGCGAGGAUGCCACUGACUCCAGAUCGAGUAGUACUCUGUCACUAGCACGAGUUCGACCCAGUCCUGUAACCAAUGGUACCAGUAAACACUCCUCCACCUCGUCAUCAAGCUCGGCCUCCACAACCCACAACAAACCCCAGCGUAGUGCCUCCACCUACCACCGUCAGAGGCGGCACAGUGACUUCUGUGGUCCUGCAGCAACUACUGCACACCCUAAACGCAGCCCAACCAGCACAGGAGAGUCAGAGUCAAAGGAAGAGCGUUUGGCCACGAGAAAGACAGGAUCAAGUGUAGUGGGCAGUCGUAACAUCCCGCCCUCCAGCCCAAUGGUCAGCACAGCUAACAACCCCAACAAAUCCGAGAUCCCUGAUCGCCGCAAAGAAGCUGCUGUCCCCUCAAACAACGUACCAGCAAGUGCCAUGACCCGCAGAAACACAUAUGUAUGUACAGACCGUUCCAACACUGAUAGGCACUCCUUACUGCAGAACGGCAAGGAGAACAGCUCACAUUCUCAUCGUUUACCUCCAGCCUCUCCCUCCACACACAGCAUAUCUGGUGCAGGGGGUGCUACAUCUUCCUCAGCUGAACGUUCCCGCCUGAGCCGAGGCUCCACUGUUCGCAGUACUUUUCAUGGGGGUCAGCUCCGGGAGCGCCGGUUGCCUGCGCAUGCCCCACCAGCCUCCCCCACUUUAUCCCGCGAUGCCAGCCCGCUGCCCCACGCCCGCACUCGCGCCAGCUCAAACCUCUUCAGCAAACUCACCUCCAAACUUACACGCAGGGUCAGUCUUGACCCCUCUAAGCGUCAGAGCUCAAACAAGUCCUUCUCGGGCUGCCCUCUGCCACAUGGAUCGAAAACUGUUAGUAAGGUCACAGACGAACCUGAGAGAGUCUGCAGAUCUCCGGUCACAAGUCGCCAUCUAUCUGGGUAUCAAAAAACGGCAGAGCCCCGGGCCCCUCGAUGCAGCUGGGAUGUGAAGGUGCAAAGCACGCGGGUCCCGGCUGAGGUGGUGCUAGCAGUUCGUGAGGCGGCACAGGGCUGCGGUUGCCAGGUGCACCAGGCUGGCCCGUUCCUCCUCUCCUGUACACAUGGUGCUGCCGGCUCCCGGGUGGCAUUCGAGGCUGAAGUAGGCCACUUGCCUACAGAGGCCAGUGGUGUCCGCUUUAAACGCCUGUGGGGGGCACCACUUGCUUUCCGGGACAUCGCUACCAAAGUGUCCAAAGAGCUGGAACUUUAAACAGCAACAGGGGAGAGGGUAUGGGAGCAAAGCAGGGGGCAACAAAACAGAAACCUCCCUAUGCCACCUGCACUUUCUGUGGGCUCAUACAGACUCUGCAACAAACAUGAAGAGCUUCAUGGCUUCCACGUACGAGGCUCCACUGACUACUACUCUGUGUCUUAGCCAAUCUAUUUGCUAUUCCAGUUUUGACAGAGAUGGAUGGUCACCACGGCGUCUCUGUCUUUCAUGUCAUUUCCUUUUAACAGCUGCUAUUUAAUACAUUUUGAACAUUUUUUUUCCUUUUUAGUGAUCCUUUAAAAUUUGCACCAAUCUGAACACUUCGAUUAUCAGACAUGUCCUGAAGACCAGUUCUUUCGUGUGUAUUUUAUAUGAACAUUUUCUGUGGUUGAAAAACAGCCUAAACACAGGAUUAAGAGCUGCCUAAUAGGAAUAAAAAGCUGAUAGAAACCUGUGUGAUACUUUGGGAUAAGUGAUGGCUGCUCUUCUGAGCCACUAACAUUGUAGCCUUAAUGGCUUUUUUUUUGUCUGCGUUUCAGCAGUUUCAACUUCUGUUGUUCAGUAGCACUUUAGGGUUGAGUGAGCAUCACCAUUUUUUUUAAUUGUGUUCCCCCCCUUAAAUGGUACACUUCACCUGUCAAGCCAAGUCAAAACACAACACUUCUUCUGUUGUUCUGUAAGUAUUAUGCUGAUGAGAAGCUUCUCUUUAACAGCCAAAAAAAGAGGAUUCUUCUCAAUGGACAUGAGACAUGCAGCUCUCCAUUGAUUUGGUUGAACCGGUCACCACCUUAAAAAUGGAAAUAUGUACAUGCACUGUGCAAAACUGAUUGGUUCAGCAUUUGUAUGAAACCCUGGAGUGUGCUAGACUAGUUGUAGCCUUGGAGUCAUCUAACAGUUGUAGACUGUACUAUAUUUUUGAUAAUGUGUCAAGUGUUUGGGUGCUAAAACAUCUGCCAAAUUAUCCUGUGAUAUAAUUUCAGUACUGUUUGACGUAGAUUACUUUGUAUUCUUAGCUCAAAAAGACCUCUUUACGUCAGUGUCAUUAUUUGUGUGUGCUGUAGUGGGAUGUAAUGAUGUUAGGUUGUAAAGAGAUAUACUCACCGUCCAAAACCAGCUAUCCUACAUUUUAUAGCUGUACAAUUCCUAUGAGCACUGUUCUGAAAUGUAAGGCACAAGGUCUAUCUAAAGAGUAGGUUCCAAAAUUUCACUGAACAAUUCGCAAAAAUAAAAAAGACAGACAAUAAUUGUUUGUAAAACACAAUCUACCACCAAGAUAAACAUUUUCCUGACCUCCUAAAACCUAAACUUGUCACCGUUUCAGAGGUUGUUUCUUACUUGUUUAUCUAUAGAAAUUUAAAAAUGCUAGCAACUGAAAGCAUAUUAAAUACCUUGCAUUUAUUUUAAUAUCUUAUUAUGAGAUAUUUUUAACUCCAAUUUGAAAUAGUCGUAUUUUGUUGGCAUAUUUAAAAAAAAAAAAUCUUGGAAAUAUCCUCUAAUAGAAUAAUACAAUUUGGAAAGAUAUCUUAUCAGUAGGUUUUUAUCAUUUAUGCAUUUCAGUAAGAAAUAUUUGAUAAAUUUUCUUAUAAUCCAUCAUAAGUAUUUUUUUUCCAAUGUAAAAUCCAUGUCUUUUUGAUAUAGGCUUUGGAGAAAAUGAUCAUGGGUUUCUUAGGCUUGCUGUGUAUUGGUUCUCUGUUCUGGUGGUGUCGAUCCAUGGGUUCUAACCUGUGGUUAGAAUGGAUGCCAGAAUGUACCAGUUCACGUUUACAGUUAAUUAGCAUUUGCAAUUUGCAGCACAGUCUGCUUCCUUAAUGACUUGGUGCCUUGCUGUUUCAGUUAGUGUGGUUCCAGUCCGGAGCAAAUUCAUUCAAGACUUAGGAAUUGGUCUCAAAAAAUUAUUAUAUACAAACCUAUUAUAUACAGACGUUACAUACAAAAAGAAUCUCUUUAUUCUAGCAGUUUGUGUGUGUGUGUGUGUGGGCGGGGGGAAAAAUGGAAUUUUCAAUUAAAACACUGUGUGGCUUUUGGUCUUUAGUUAAUAAACAUAAGUAGUCUUAACCCCUGUGAACCAGCUGGACCUGUGAGCAGGUCAAGCUCUACAUUCCUCAUUCAUAUGUGUGAACAUGCAAACUUUUGGUUUUACUGUAAUUGCAAACGAAUUCAUAAUAGUUAUAAAAUCUCUACAUGCUUAAGGGGUUAAGUACUCAGAAGACUGUUACAUUAAGUAACUGGUUUACAAACUGGUCCUCAGGGAUACCAGAUGCUCCACAUUUUGCAGUGUCACAGCUCCCAGUACACCUAAACUCCAGAGAACCCUGAAUACCUGGUGCAGUUGUGUUAGGAGGACAGACUGAGGACUGGUUUGGAAACACUACAAUAAGUGCUGUUUUAAAAUAAUAGCCUCUGCUGGUCAUAUGGCUUGUAAUCACAUCAAAGUAAGAUGUAGCCUUAGUUACUGAACAAAAAUGCCUUUUUAUUUCCUUUCAAAUACAUACAGCAUCAUAAAGUUUUUUUUUUACUCCACUUUUAAGCAGGUUCAGUUAAAAGAAGUAACUUUUUGCUUCAGAGUAAAACUUAUACUGCCUGCUGUGUUUGCAUUGACAGUUUAAUCCGGAGGUAAAUCAUUGCCUACUGUUACUUCUCCUCCUCCAAGGCUAUCUGACUGUAUAAAUAUGUAAAAUUGUGUAGGUAAGUUAUGAUUUUCUUUUGUUCUUUUAAGUUUUAGAUUAUUUUUCUGCCUGUACAUGUACAGAAAGGGGAAUGGCUGAGGAAUAAACUCGUUGAGAAAUAAAA